GCGUGGAGCGGACACUUGGGGAGGAGGAGCUCGGCUCCGCGGCCGGAGAAAGACCUGUGAGGCACCCGCGCAGCCCAGGAUCACCCCAGCGCGCCGAGCAUGAGCGGGCGGCUGACUGGAGAGCGACCCGGGGAGACUGGCUGUGCGCCGCGCUGAGCGGCGGAGCCGGGCCGGGGCGACCGGUGGGUAGCCGGUGUGGGGCGGCCGGCCGGGCGAAGCGCCAUGGGAAGCCCCCGCGCCGCGUUGCUGAUGCUGCUCCUGCGCCCGAUCAAGCUGCUGAGGAGGCGCUUCCGGCUACUGCUGCUGCUCGCCGUGGUAUCCGUGGGACUCUGGACUCUGUAUCUGGAGCUGGUGGCGUCGGCCCAGGCCGGCGGGAACCCCCUGAACCACAGGUACGGCAGCUGGCGAGAACUGGCCAAGGCCCUAGCCAGCAAGAACAUCCCUGCUGUUGAUCCGAAUCUCCAAUUUUAUCGUCCCCAGCGCCUCAGCCUCAAGGACCAAGAAAUUGCCCGAAGUAGGAAUAGGAACAGUAGCUACUUGAAGUGGAACAGGCCUGUCCCCUGGCUCUCAGAGUUCCGGGGCCAUGCCAACCUGCAUGUGUUUGAAGACUGGUGUGGCAGCUCCAUCCAACAGCUCAGGAACAACCUGCACUUCCCGCUCUACCCCCACAUUCGCACAACCCUGAGGAAGCUGGCUGUGUCCCCCAAGUGGAGCAACUAUGGUCUCCGCAUUUUUGGUUAUCUGCACCCUUUUACCGAUGGAAAAAUCCAGUUUGCCAUUGCUGCUGAUGACAACGCCGAAUUCUGGCUGAGUCGUGAUGACCAGGUCUCAGGCCUUCAGCUGCUGGCCAGUGUGGGCAAGACAGGAAAGGAAUGGACAGCCCCUGGAGAAUUUGGGAAAUUUCAGAGUCAAAUUUCCAAGCCGGUGAGUUUGUCAGCCUCCCUCAGGUACUACUUUGAGGUGCUGCACAAGCAGAAUGACGAGGGCACUGACCACGUGGAGGUCGCGUGGAGACGGAAUGAGCCUGGAGCCAAGUUCACCAUCAUUGACUCCCCCUUCUUAUCCCUUUUCACAAAUGAGAGCAUCUUAAGAAUGGAUGAGGUAAACCACAUCCCACAGACAGCAGCCAGCCACGUGGGCUCCUCCGACACUCCUCCCCGGGAUGAGCAGCCCCCAGCUGACAUGCUGCGGCCUGACCCUCGGGACACCCUCUACCGAGUGCCUCUGAUCCCCAAGUCCCACCUGCGCCAUGUCCUGCCUGAUUGUCCCUACAAACCCAGCUACCUGGUGGAUGGGCUCCCUCUGCAACGCUACCAGGGCCUCCGCUUUGUUCACCUGUCCUUUGUUUAUCCCAAUGACUACACCCGCCUGAGCCACAUGGAGACCCACAAUAAAUGUUUCUACCAAGAAAGUGCCUAUGAUCAGGACAGGUCCAGCUUCCGGGAGUAUAUCAAGAUGGACAAGCCAGAGAAGCAGGGCCCGGAGCAGCCAGCAGGUUUGGAGGAUGGCCUUCUAGAAGAAUCCCAGUAUGAGGAUACACCCGAGGAAAUCCCCACCUCUCAAGAUAACUAUACUGGGAUACAAGGGGAAAAACAAAAGACUCCUUCCACCCCGGGGCUGGGUGCCACUGACUACCGUCUGCGGAAGCUCUUGGCUGGUGCGCAGAGUGGCCCUUCAGCGCCUCUCUCCACACACAACUCUACAGCUGCCUUUCCAACCAGGACAAGCAACAUCCCCGUCCAGCGGCCAGAGAAACGGACAGCGAAAACUAGCCCUAUGCCCGGCCGAGAUUUGUCCCGUUCUGACAAGGGGUCCCGGCGGAACCUGCCUCUCAUCCAGAGAGCCAGGCCCACUGGUGACAGCCCUGGGAAGACUCUUGAGCAGUCCCAGUGGCUGAAUCAAGUGGAGUCCUUCAUUGCUGAGCAGAGAAGGGGAGACAGGAUGGAGCCUUCGGCCCCCAGCAGGGGCUGGCGUGCAGAGGAGGAGGAGGAGGAGGAGGGGGUGGUGAUAGCACCCGACCAGGAAGGGGCAGUGGAGGAGGAGGAAGAGGGGGAAGACGAGGAAGAAGAUAUGAGUGAGGUGUUCGAAUAUGUGCCCAUGUUUGACCCAGUAGUGAACUGGGACCAGACCUUCAGUGCUCAGAACCUUGACUUCCAAGCCCUGAGGACCGACAGGAUCGACCUGAACUGUAACACGUCGGGCAACCUGCUACUUCCGGAGCAGGAGGCCCUGGAGGUCGCACGGGUCUUCCUGAGAAAGCUCAACCAGAGGACCCGGGGGAGAUACCAGCUGCAGCGCAUUGUGAAUGUGGAGAAGCGCCAGGACCGGCUGCGCGGGGGGCGCUACCUCCUGGAACUCGAGCUGCUGGAUGGCCAGCGCCUGGUGCGGCUCUCAGAGUACGUGUCCACUCGAGGCUGGCGGGGAGGUGACCCCGAGGACAGGGAGGACACAGAAGCUCAGAACCUGCAGGGCCUGGUCUGGAGUCCACGCAGCCGUCACAGACAUGUCCUGAAUGCCCAGGAUCCAGAGCCCAAGCUGUGCUGGCCCCAAGGUUUCUCCUGGAACCAUCGAGCUGUGGUCCACUUCAUUGUGCCUGUGAAGAACCAGGCCCGCUGGGUGCAGCAGUUCAUCAGAGAUAUGGAGGGCCUGUCCCAAGUCACUGGAGACUCACAUUUCAGCAUCAUUAUCACAGACUAUAGCAGCGAGGACAUGGAUGUGGAGAUGGCUCUAAAGAGGUCCAGGUUGCGGAGCUUCCAGUACCUGAGGCUGAGUGGAAACUUUGAGCGCUCUGCUGGACUCCAGGCUGGCAUAGACCUGGUGAAGGAUCCACACAGCAUCAUCUUCCUCUGUGACCUGCACAUCCACUUUCCAGCAGGAAUCAUCGAUACCAUCCGGAAGCACUGUGUGGAGGGCAAGAUGGCCUUUGCCCCCAUGGUGAUGCGGCUGCACUGUGGGGCCAGCCCACAAUGGCCUGAGGGCUACUGGGAAGUAAACGGGUUUGGACUGCUGGGUAUCUACAAGUCGGACCUGGACAAGAUUGGAGGCAUGAACACCAAGGAGUUCAGAGACCGCUGGGGAGGGGAAGACUGGGAGCUGCUGGACAGGAUUCUCCAAGCAGGCCUGGAAGUGGAGCGCCUCUCCCUCAGAAACUUCUUCCAUCACUUCCAUUCCAAGCGAGGCAUGUGGAACCGGCGCCAGAUGAAGAUGCCAUGACCCCCAGGGGUCAGCGGCCUACAACUCCUUGACUUGCAGUUGACCCCAGUGCCCUGCUCGCUGCUGAGGAGGGACUCUGAGGAACCAAAGCCUCAGCACUAAUUACCCUCUCCUCAGGAAGCUGUCCCUUCAUGUAGGGACAAGCAAGCACCAAGGCUCCUCUGUUGACAGAUGGAAUGGUUGCCGAGGACGGGCAGUGAAGUCAGGAAGAUAACACCGGCUUGAGUAGAAUACCAUCUUGUCCACUAAGGUGCAUUCCCACAGCCCAGCGCUCCUCACAGGGAGUGGUGACUGUGAACCAGAAACUUCAAUGGGACAGAUUUUAUUUGGGGUGGGGGAGCAGUGGGUAAUUUUUUUUAACAGAGAAUGAAGACUUCUGUCUAGACCUAGCACUGUCUGGGGUGAGGCUGUACGCUGUAGCCCUCAGACCCACCCUGAGGGGAUGGUCCCAUGCCGAGUACUUCGGCUCCAGGCCCAGCCUGUGCCUUCUAAACCCACACAUCUCUCCUGGCGGCUACUGAACAAUUGACCUUAACCCAGCUCGGACAGACAGAGGGUUCUCUAGACUGGAAGCCCAACACCUGUGGUAUUGUCCUACUGCAGUGGGGGGUUGGGUGGGAAUGGGUGGGCAGUGGGCUCAUUCUCCCAAGUGUCUGACAGACGGGCUGUGUAGAACCAGCAAGGUCAAGCAAGAAGGGAAAGGCCCCUUCUCCUUUGGCUCUCCUGCCAGGUAAGACCCGGAGAGCAUAGGAAGGCGUCACCAGAGGUGACAUGAAUAGCCUUUCAGUUACUUCAGAGAGACUCAAGCAGCAGAGAGAGUCAAAGAGGGGAAGGAGAUGUGUAUACUGCAAGCCUGGUGCCCUUGUAGCCUUGCCCUCCUGCAGAGAGAGCCCAACCUCUCUGCCCUGAGGAGAUAAGGAGAUGAAACUUGGCCCUCAGAUAAAGGGCAGGGACAGGUAUGGGGAGGCAAGAAUAGGGGCGGGAAGAACUAAGUUUCGGGAGCAGCCUGCAGCCCCUUCUGUCCACCUGAUGUCACAUACUUACCUGUACUAAUAAUCCCAGUACUCUCUGGCUGGGGACUUUCUCCUGCUGCUGCUGCUGCUGCUGCUGCUUCACCAGUUGGAUGCUGGGUAUUAAACUCAGUCUGUGAAGGGGGGUGGGGAGGGUCAAGGCACCAUCUUUCUGCUGUGAGAAAUGGCUUGUGGCUAUGCAGCAGGGCCACUGCAGAGCCUGACCACUAUGCUGUGAAUCAAGAGUGCAGCAUUUGGAGCUGCAGGACCCACGUGGUGGGCUCCGAGUGCCAGGAGCAGAGCCUGGUCCAUCCAAGGUGGGGCCCUCUGGGAAGCCACUGGGUCUGUCUUUGAAGCAAUCAGAAGGGCAGGGCAGUUGUGUUUAUGAGCUGCGACUUUUUCUCACCCCUGCUCAGGCCCUUUGCCCUUUGCCCUUUGCCCUUUGGAAAAGGCAUAUAGCAAGCAGGGCUGCAGUUGAAUGGCUGGAGCACCAGGCUUCUCUCUAAAGCCAUAAACUUGGCAUUGCGCUAGAAGGCCAGAGCCGGAGGCAGCAGCCCUCCUGUUCCGUCCUGGGGACUAGGAUGCCCCUGGGCCUCCCCAUCCUGCUCGCCUCCUCCCUCCCAGGUCUAGUGCCUUGUGUCUGGUGUCUGUUACCUCCUUACCAUCUGCCUUAAGAGAAAGGAAAGUGCCGCGGGUGGGGAGAGGGUGGAGGGUAUUAAAGGCAGCGUCUUAGAAAGCAAAUGGCUGUCUCUUCUUGCCCAAUUGAGGUAGGAAAGGGUAGGGUGGAAGAGCCAGGGCUGUUCCUAAGCCAUUCAUGUCCCUCGCUGUCUGCUCAAGGGACAAGGACCAUCCAUCCCCUCCCUACUGCCUUGACUCCUGGUUCGGUGCUUGCCUGCAGAAGGGACAUGCUUUCUGUGCCGUGCUUGGGAACGACGCAGUAGUGUCCCAUGUCUACUAGUCUCAACAGACCAGGUUGUGAUCUCAACUAGAAAGCCCCCUCCCACCUCCUCCCAAGUCCCCCACCUCCUCCCAAGUCCCCCACCUCCCCCAGACCCCCGUUGCCCUAGUGAGGAAGAUAAACUAGAACAGUGCAGCUGUAACCCCAGCAUUUGGGAAGCUAACACAGGAAAAUCGGGAGAACAAGGCCGGCCUAGGCUACUUAGCAAGAAACUGUCAAAGUAAAUAGCUAGACAUAAGAAAAUCUUUUCUGUGUGAAUUGAAGAUGCCCUACUAAGGCUUUGCAAGUGUGAGUUGGCCUUCCUAGUUAUGUUUGACCUAGGCAAAUCUUUUCAAGAGUUUAUGUGUAUGGGUGUUUUGCUUGCAUGUUUGUGCACUACCUGUGUGCCUGGUUCCCAAAGAGGCCAGAAGAGGGCGUUAGAUUCCCUGGAACUAGAAUUACAGGUGGUUGUAGGUUACCAGGUGGGUGCUGGGAAUUGAACCCAGAACUUCUGGCAGAGUAGCAGGUGGUCUUAAGGACUCAGCCACCUCUCUACUCUUCCCACCCCUCCAUCCCCACCCCCUUUUUUCUUAAAUAUUUUUAGCUGGGUUUAGUGGUGCAUGUCUUUAAGAGGCAGAGACAGGUGAAUCUCUAUGGGUUUGAAUCCAGCCUGGUCUACAUAGUGAAUUCGAGUGUGUGUGGUGUUUGCAUGCCACAGUGCACAGUGGAGGUCAAAGGGCAGCUUUCAGUGGUUGGUUCUCUCUCCACAUCAUUCAGGGUUCCCCAGGCUUGGCAGCAAGGGCCUUCACUUACCUUCCCACCAGCAGAAAAUCUGUAUUUUUGUUGUUAAGAUUUAUGUAUUUGGAGCUGGAGAGAUGACUCAGUGGCUAAGAUCAACGACUCUUCCAGAAAACCUAGGUUCAAUCCUCAGUACCCAAGUGGUAACUUACAACUGUCUGUAACUCCACUCCCAGGAGACCUGACACUGUCACACAGGCAAGCAAAACACCAGUGCACAUACAAUGAAAAUAAAUUAUUAAAAAAAGAAUAAUGUGUUUCAUGUACCUUAAGGCUUUGUCUGCAUGUAUACAUGCAUGCCAGAAGAGGGCAUUGGGUUUCAUUAGAGAUGGUUGUAAGUCACCACAUGGCUGCUGGGAAUUGAGCUCAGGACCUCUGGAAGAGCAGCCAGUGCUCUUAACUGCUGAGCCACCGCUCCAGCCCCAAACAUUUGUAUUAUUAGAGCAUACCUAAGAGACAUCAUUCCUGUGAAAAGUGGUGUAUGUUUAUAGUAGGUUCUUUAAAAGGCUAUGUGUGUAUUUCAGCAGUCCAGAACACAGUGACCUCUGUCAUCGUACAGAUGACAAUAAGCCUUUUUGGGGACGGGGAUGAUGAGGGUAUCCACACACCAGCUUGAUUUAGAACCCAUAGACUGAAGACAGCAAGACUUGACUUGG